AUGACCUUAUAUCUACACCAGGUCUACCAGGGCGGGCGUCGGCUUUUGUUCAAUCACGUCCACUACUUCCUCGACUUGUUCUUUGGUCGAUAUCCCAACUCGGCGCUGAAGGACGUUACAUACAAGUUUGAGGUUAGGCUUGGUGCACCUCAAAGCGACCCUGAAGGCCUAAAGGCUGACUGGUCGCUCGAUUUGCUGGAAGUUGUCACGGUUAUGCGUCAUUACCCGUUGAUCAGCAUUGCAUGGAAUCUGGUCGACGUUUUUCACGAAGCGGCAUUUGAAGAUUCAGGGGUGGCGUACACCGUGUCAGCCCUCAAGGACAUGGAUGUCCAACUGUUCGGGAAGUUGAAUUCCGUCAAGCUCGCCCUGAACAACUCCUUCGAACCCGACCAGUUCGGCAGGUCCGGAGUAGAGGCUCACCUGUCUCCUACCUUGAAGGAAGGCGCGACUAAGAAAGAUGUCAGAGCCCUUCAGGCGUUGUUAUACCCUACCAGAUGCAGUGGUAUUGAAGUGGAGAUCAGAUUGAAGGUCAACGCUCGGGGUAUAAGGUCAGAUUGGGGGUCGUACCCUGAGGAGGAUUGUUUCAGUGAUGAGGAAGAAGAUUCAGAUAGUGGCGAACAAGUCUCUGACAACGGCGAAGACGAUCCGCAGAGCGGUCAGAAGAUAUUGCAGGUGUGCAUGUAA